CUCCUUUUCUCCUGCUUCACUUCCUCACGCCUUUUUUCUAUUCUCUUCUCUUCUUUUCUCUUCUCUAAUUCUAUCCCUCUCAACAAAAUCCUUCUCAGUAGCCAUUCUGUUACACACUCCAUCUUCUCUUUGUUUUUCGUUUCAAAGUCCAACAACACCAGAAAAUCGUUGAAGUGGGAUGGGAGCUUGACUUUCUUCAGCAUAUUUUAUAUGGGUAUGUGAUCCCAGGGUAUCUAUCGGCAAUUGAGUGAUGGGGGGUAUCUGUUCUAGGAAGAGAGAUCAACACGUGGUGGAAGAUGAUUUACAUAGAGGAAUUUCGGGAAGGUAUUGUAGAAGUGGCAGCAUAAAAUGGUCGAGGUCCAGGAGUUUACGUUCCAAGUCCAAUCAAUGUCAAUGUCCCGGAGGGGGAACCUGUCCCUCUCUCAUGGAUUUGUGCAUAAAUAGGAUACGGGAGGAUUUUCACAAAUACGAAUCCUUUUCUAUUCUUCCAAGAGACAUUAGCCAGCAGAUCUUCAAUGAAUUGGUUGAUUCUCACUGCCUGACAGAAGCUUCUCUCGAAGCUUUCCGAGAUUGUGCUCUUCAGGAUAUUGACCUGGGUGAAUAUAGUGGAGUGGAUGAUAAUUGGAUGGAUAUCAUCUCUUCCCAAGGGUUGUCUUUACUUUCAGUUGAUGUUUCUGGGUCUCAGGUGACAGAUAAUGGACUAGUACUCCUAAAGGAUUGCUCAAACCUUCAAGCAUUGACUCUCAAUUACUGUGAUCAAUUUUCAGAAUAUGGGCUCAAGCACAUAAGUGGUCUUUCAAACUUGGAUUCCUUGAGUAUCAGGAAGAGCAGCAGUGUCAAGCCUGAUGGAAUGCGUGCUUUCUCCAACUUAUUUAAUUUGGAGAAGUUGGACCUUGAGAGGUGUUCAGAAAUUCAUGGUGGAUUUGUUNAUCUUAAAGGUUUGAAAAAGCUUGAGUUCCUCAAUAUUGGAUGCUGUAAAUGUGUUACGGAUUCAGACAUGAAGUCUAUCUCAGAGCUUAUAAAUUUGAAGGAGUUACAUAUUUCCAACAGCAGUAUUACUGAUAUUGGGAUUUCCUAUUUAAGAGGUUUGGAGAAGCUUAUCACAUUAAAUGUUGAAGGAUGCAAUAUUACUGGUGCAUGCUUGGAGUCUAUUCAUGCCUUGGCUUCCUUGGCAUGCUUAAAUCUCAGCAGAUGUGGUCUCUCCAAUGAUGGAUUUGAGAAAAUUGCUGGUCUUAAAAGCUUGAAGAGGUUAAGCUUGGCUUUUAACAGGAUCACCGAUGCAUCUUUAGUUCAUCUGAAAGGUUUAACAAAUUUGGAGUAUUUGAACCUGGAUUCUUGCAGGAUAGGCGAUGAUGGGCUUGCUAAUUUGACAGGCCUCACACUCUUGAAAAGUCUGGUGCUGUCGGACACUGACAUUGGGAAUAGCGGGCUGCGGUAUAUAUCAGGUUUAAAUAAACUCGAAGAUUUAAAUCUGUCAUUUACUACAGUAACUGAUAAUGGUCUGAAAAGGUUGUCAAGGUUGACACAACUUAAAUCACUUAAUCUGGACACCCGACUGAUUACCGACAACGGGCUUUCAAAUCUUAUCGGUCUGAGUGGAUUGGUAACAUUGGAUCUCUUUGGAGCACACAUUUCAGACCAUGGAACUGCAUAUUUGCGAUCAUUCAAGAACUUGCAAUCCCUUGAAAUAUGUGGCGGAGGAUUAACUGAUGAUGGCGUAAAAAAUAUAAGAGAAAUUGUCUCCCUGACACAGCUAAACCUGUCCCAGAAUUGCAACUUGACAGAUAAAACUUUGGAAUUGAUAUCUGGCAUGACAGCACUGCGAUCGCUAAAUGUUUCAAAUUCUCGUAUAACCAAUGGAGGACUACGGUAUCUGAAGCCUUUAAAGAAUUUACGCAGUCUUACCUUGGAGUCUUGCAAGGUUACUGCUUCUGAAAUUAAGAAGCUUCAGUCAACUGAUCUUCCAAAUUUGAUAAGCUUUCGGCCAGAAUAAACCAGGAGAGAAUUAUGUUAUCUAUCUGGUGAACAAUUCUCUGUACAUAUUUAUGGCCACUGUUUGAAUAGUUAAGAAAAAUGUACAUAAAAUUAGCAUGCAAGAAUGUAAUUAUGCCUUAUUUUGCAUGUUUGUAUUUUCCCGUCUAAGAAUAAUUGUGCAUAUAUCUUUCUUUUUCCCUUUCUCUCCUGGAUUUAGAUGCCUGAUGGGGCUAUCUAUAUUGUCUGUGCAUAUGCUCAUGUAUGUCUAUGUUUGGACCAGAGUGAUGAUGCUCAUUACUGUAUCCGUAAAGUGAUGAAUUGUUACUGGCUUUUAGUUA